GUGGGCAGAUCCUCAGAGAAGAAAUACCAGCAUAUACCAAGAUAUACACCGGACUCAAUCUCCACACCUGGAAUCCCCACAGACUGUUGACCUGUCAGAUCCUCUGUCUCACAUCUGGCUGCACAUCUGGACUCGUUGAGUCCUCCGUGAUGGACUGGCUGGACCAGCUCGCCUUCCUGGAGCCGGAGGAGCUGCUGCGCUACUUCUGCUGUAACAAAUCAGUGAUGUCCUGCAUGGAGAACCCGGGCAAGUUCCUCCGCCAACUGCGGGACUACGACCUGAUCCCGGAGGAUAUGUACACGAAAAUGUGUUGCAUGAAGACAAAAGAAAGCAUGAAGGCAGCCCUGUAUGACGUGCUGGACUGGGUGGAGAGGGAGCGAUCCCAGUCUAUCCCCCUGUUCUGGAGAUGUGUUUUCAAAGACCCCAUCCUUAACGACUACCCAACCCUGCGACUGCUGCGUAAAAGCCUCAUGGACGGAUCUUUCAAGAAGGCAGAGACAGAUCAAAGGAAAAGGAAGGAGCAAGUGAGGAGGAGCAUGUGCGAGGAUGAUGAGGAGCAGCAGCCCGGUUCUUCUUCUCAGCUGCCUCCAAGUCAGAGGAAAAAGACAGAGAAAGUGUGUUUCUAUUCUCCGUUGAAGAAAGGACAGAAAAGGGACAUUUUGACUUUGCUACUUAAUAAGACUCAGCUUCCUGUGACCUGUGGAUCCAAGGAGGGGAUGCUGAGCAGGGAGCGCCUGGCGAAAGGGGAGAAGUGCAUUUUGUCCCAGAAACAGUGGUUUACUCCCAGCGGAUUUGAGAAGUUUGCAGGGAAGGGAAGCUGUAAGAACUGGAAGUUCAGUAUUAAGUUUAUGGGUUCCCCCCUGGCAAGACUUAUAAAGGACGGGCACCUGAAAUCAGCAACAUUCAUAAGACGCCAUGAAACGGAUUCAAGUCAGGCCAAGAGAUCCCUGUUUCCACCGUACACUAUCUUCAGCCAACUGUUGGAACACGACCCGUUCAAGGUGAUCGAUCCAUCUGAUGGUGCAACCACAGUGUCUGAGGAAGAAGAUUAUGAUGAUGAUGUGAUUAAAAUUUGGGAUGAGGAGGAUGACCUGGACAACCAGGAGGACCGGGUUCCUUAUAGCAACAAAGAGAAUUCUACGGACGUCACAGAUGAAGACAGAGCGACUGAGAACCAGAUGGAGCCAGAAGUGAGCAAAGUCUUCAAAGUGACAUGUGGAGGUGAAGCUGGGACUUUACACCAGAAACGAUUUGCAUCAGGGACUCGUGGAAAGUGUAUUCGAACAGAGAGGAGCUGGUUGACCCCCAUAGAGUUUUUAAAGGAGGCAUCAAGUCAGAGAGGCUUCUGGAAGAAAAUGAUCUUGUGUGAAGGAAAACCACUCUGUGCUCUCAUAGAGGCGAAGGUCUUGAAGAUCCACUCCCUGCUGUGUGAGUGCAGUCUGUGCAAACCAAAUCAAACAGAUCUGCCUGUCAGAUCCUCUGUCGCACAUCUGGCUGCACAUCUGGACUCGUUGAGUCCCUCCGUGAUGGAUCCUCUGGACUUCCUGAAGCCGGAGGAGCUGCUGCGCUUCUUCCACUGUAACAAAACAGAGAUGUCCUGCAUGGAGAACCCGCACACGUUCCUCCGCCAACUGCGGGACCACGACCUGAUCCCGGAGGACACGUACAAGAAAGUGAUUCGCUUGAAGAAAAAAGAAAGCAUGAAGGCAGCUCUGUAUGACGUGCUGGACUGGGUGGAGCGGGAGCGAUCCCAGCACAUCCACCUGUUCUGGAGAUGUGUUUUCAAAGACACCAUCCUGAACGUCUACCCAACCCUGCGACUGCUGCGUAACAGCCUCAUGGACGGAUCUUUCCAAUUUGGCGCGCAACUGCCAGAGAAGGAGAAGGAAGAGACAGAUGAAAGGAAAAACAAGGAGCUCUCCGAAGUUGAGGAGGAAGAGGAGGAGCAGGUGAGCUCAGUGAAAAAGAAGAGGAAGCUGUUGACGAGGAGCAUGUGCGAGGAUGAUGAGGAGCAGCAGCCCGGUCCUUCCUCUCAGCUGCCUCCAUGUCGGAGGAAAAAGACAGAGAAAGUGUGUUUCUCUCCUCCGAUGAAGAAAGGAGAGAAAAGGGACAUUUGGACUUGGCCACUUUAUAAGACUCAGCUUCCUGUGACCUGUGGAUUCCAGGGGGGGAUGCUGAGCAGGGAGCGCCUGGCGAAAGGGGAGAAGUGCAUCAGGUUCCAGAAACAGUGGUUUACUCCCAGCGGAUUUGAGAAGUUUGCAGGGAAGGGAAGCUCAAAGAACUGGAUGUUCAGUAUUAAAUGUAUGGAUUUCCCCCUGGCAAGACUUAUAAAGGACGGGCACCUGAAAUCAGCAAACUUCAAAAGACGCCAUAAAACGGAAUCAAGACGGGCCAAGAGAUCCCGGUGUCCAUCUGAUGGUGCAACCACAGUGUCUGAGGAAGAAGAAGAGGAUGAUGAUGAUGAUGAUUAUGAUGAUGAAAAUGAGGAGGAUGAUCUGGAAAACCAGGAGGACGGGGUUCCUUGUAGCAACAAAGAGAAUUCUACGGACAUCACAGAUGAAGAUGAAGCGACUGAGAACCAGACGGAGCCAGAAGUGGGCAAAGUCUUCAAAGUGACAUGUGGAGGUGAAGCUGGGACUUUACACCAAAAACGAUUUGCAUCAGGGACUCGUGGAAAGUGUAUUCGAACAGAAUGGAGCUGGUUGACCCCCAUAGAGUUUUUAAAUGAGGCAUCAAGUCAACAGAGCUGCUGGAAGAAAGACAUCGUGUGUGAAGGAAAACCACUCUGUGCUCUCAUAGAGGCGAAGGUCUUGAAGAUCCACUCCCUGCUGUGUGAGUGCAGUCUGUGCAAACCAAAUCAAACAGAUUUGGAGAACCAGAAAAACGACGAUGAGUGCUCUGUGUGUAAAGGAGGAGAAGCUGACCUGGUGGUGUGUGAUUCUUGUCCUUGUUCCUUCCACCAGAAAUGUCACCUCCCACAUGUAGAUGACAACCUUUUGGGGGACGACAGGCCGUGGAUCUGUACGUUCUGUGUAACCACUCUGGACUGGCGGUACGGUGAUAAGCUGAAAAUGACAGCAGCCCUCACCCACCAGAUCUCAGAACACAUGCUGGAAUGUCAGAAUCUCGUCCUGCGUCUGUUCAGUGCUGAUGACCAACAAAUCUUUGCUUUAGACCCACGCCUCUACUUGAAAAGUUACUCCAAGUAUGUCCCGACUCCGAUGUGGCUGGAAAAAGUAGCAGAGAAACUCCAGGGGAAAGAAUACGGAACAGUUGGAGAUUUUGUGUCUGACGUCAAACUCAUAUUCACCAACUGUGCCUCGUACAACCGGGCUAACCCUGAACUCCUCGCCCUGGGGGACAGACUGCAGCAGUUAUUUGACUCAGAGUUCAAAGUCGUGUUUAACAUCGAUGAACAGAGUGCUGACUGAUGAGCAGGGUUAAGUUUUCAAACUCGGUACUCAGUGGGUAAAAAGGCUUAAAAGUUACAGAGAUGCAGUUUAGUUGGAUUUUGUGACUUUUUUACAGUGUAAUAAUUAAAAUAACUCAGGUGUCCAACUUUAUCCAACUUAACUGGAGAAAGCAUUUAGCAGUGUAGAUUGUAUUUUUUAUCAGUGUAAUUGAAGUUUCAGUAAACCCACUGUUCAGGUUAUACCACUUCUUGUGAAGAGUGGUUAUUAUGGGAUACUUCUGACAAUGUGACAACUCAAUACAGUACAUUUUUACCAGUUCACCCUCACUGUAAUGAUCAAUGUUUAAUAUUUAUGUGUUUUCCUUGUCUACAAAACUUUGUGACUUCUCCUAAUAUACUAUAAAUAAAUGUAUUUUAAAAUGUAUUUUCUCCAAAGCAUCUGCAUCAUGCAAAAUAUCUGGAUUUUCACGUCACUUUACAUAAUUAAAGCAUUGACAUGUUUUAUAUAAAUAUAUAAUAUGUCUAUUUAUUUCAUUUGUGCACAUCUGAUAUGAUGUAGACAUGAUUUAUUCAAAAUAACUAAAUGUUCGGUAACAACAAACAGUACAGUAUGUACUAAGUAGUGUGUAUCUACUGUGUGUGUGUGUACUUUGUAUAUGUAUGUAUGUAUUUCUGCUCCAAAUGCCUGAACAGAAACUGGAAAAGGGGCUUUAGCUUAUCUUGCACCUUCAGGAAUGAAAGUUCAGCUAAUGAACGUCUUUAGAACCAGGAUGAAGGAACUGGAUGUGGAUGUUUGUGGCUGAGUAGCCUGAAUCGUGGAACAUGGAGGUGAUUCUUUGGUUCUUCACAUCCUGCUUUGUGCUGUUUCUUAUCUGCAGCUGUGUUUCUCUCUGGGCUGACUGUCUUGUCCUGUGUCCACUGAAAAAUAACUUCAAUGGAACCUUCAAGGUUGAAUAAAGUUUAAUAAAC